GUCACUCAGCGACACCCGCGCGUGUCAGUCUGACUGUGCGUGGCUGUGGCACAUUUAGAGGAGAGGGGGAGAAGGGAAAAAAAACACGCCCCUUGUUAAAUACGAGGCGAAGGCGCAGCGGCAGCGUGGUGUUUGUGGACCUCCAGAGAUCAACAGAUCCACAGAACUCCACUGUCCACUCCUACUCCUCCUCCUCCUCCUCCUGGACGACAGAAACCGGAGCAAGCGGCGGCACAUGUGAGCGGCGGUCACUCCUCACCACAUCCCAGGGGCCGUUACACACACACACGCGCACGCACACGCACGCGCGCCGAGAGAUGAAUAAACCAGCUCUCGAGAUUUGGUUGUAACCAGCGGAUGCAUGUGUUCCCGUGGCAGCCGUGGAGCCUCAGUCAGUCCGUGCCACAAUGACCGAACCAUUGUCUCGCGUCGCUGUAACGGAAUGGGCCCGCGGGAAUUUUGGCACCGGUUUUACGCAGGAGACCACAUAAUUUAAUCGACGUUCCUCGGCCGCACACGCACACACACACACACACACACACACACAGAACAGUGUUGCAGACAUGGACAAAGAAUUGCUCCUCUCGUAUCUCGCAGUGAUGCUUUGAGACGCAACAAAAGCACAUCAGUCAAACACCCUGCGAAGGAAGAAGUGGAACGCAACCAACGGUGGGAUUCAAGUUUGGACCUGGCCAAGUCCAAAACGACCUCUCCCUUCCUCCAAACAGGAUCAUCUUACGUCUUAAAGCAUCUUCACAGGCUCGCAUAGCGAAUGUGUGAUGUGGAGCCAGUACAGUAAAAGAGUCUGUGAGCAGGUGAGAGAGGGACACUGUCUGCCCCACUGUCCAGCAACACCAUGAGCUGGAGCUUCCUCACGCGGCUGCUGGAGGAGAUCCACAACCACUCCACCUUCGUGGGGAAGCUGUGGCUCACCGUGCUCAUCGUCUUCCGCAUUGUUCUCACCGCAGUCGGCGGAGAAUCCAUUUACUAUGACGAACAGAGCAAGUUUGUAUGCAACUCGGGCCAACCUGGCUGCGAGAACGUCUGUUACGAUGCCUUCGCCCCUCUAUCUCACGUACGGUUCUGGGUCUUCCAGAUCAUCUUGGUGGCGAUGCCCUCUCUCAUGUACAUGGGCUACGCCGUCAACAGGAUUGCGCGAUUAGAUGAAGCUAAAGGAGGUGGGGGAUCUGUUGCAGUCAGAACACGAGGAGGGGAUUACACACACAGGAAGCCAAGGAAAAUCUGCUUUGGCGCACAGCAGCACCGAGGCAUCGAGGAGGCCGAAGACGACCAGGAGGAUGAUCCCAUGAUCUAUGAGGUACCAGAGAUUGAACCUAAAAGGCCUCGGGAUCCACUGCAACCUACGCCCAGACCCAAAAUUCGCCAUGACGGGCGCAAGCGCAUUCGAGACGAGGGGUUGAUGCGGGUCUACGUUUUGCAGCUGGUGUCUCGUACAGUUCUAGAAGCGGGCUUCCUUGCAGGACAGUACUUGCUGUAUGGAUUCCGUGUGAGGCCAGUGUUCGUGUGCUCGGGGGAGCCUUGUCCUCACAGUGUUGACUGCUUUGUGUCGCGGCCUACAGAGAAGACCAUCUUCCUGCGCAUCAUGUAUGGCGUCACUGUCCUCUGUCUCAUACUCAAUGUUUGGGAGAUGUUACAUCUGGGGAUCGGUUCCAUCUGUGACAUCCUUCGCCGGCGGCGCAGCCCACCUCAGGAGGACGAGUACCAGCUGGGUUUGCUGAGCAACAACAGCGGUGUGGAGGGCUCCGUAGGGGGAGCAGGACCCGAGGCUGGUUCUGAGGGAGGGGUGGGUGGAGAUAGUGCCGCUGAUUAUGUGGGUUACCCCUUCUCGUGGAACACUCCAUCAGCUCCACCUGGCUAUAACAUUGUGGUCAAACCUGAGCAGAUCCCCUACACGGACCUUAGCAACGCUAAAAUGGCGUGCAAGCAAAACAGGGCAAACAUUGCUCAGGAGGAGCAGCAGCAGUUCGGUAGCAAUGAGGACAACUUUCCCACCGGAGGGGACGCCCGCGUGGCUCUCAACAAAGACAUGAUCCAGCAAGCUCAUGAGCAAUUGGAGGCGGCCAUCCAGGCCUACAGUCAGCAGCACCAAGCUGAGGAGCAGCUCGGGGACAACCAGGACGACAAGCCCCAGAGCAACAUCAUCCAGGCCCAACCUCAGCCGCAGUCACAGCCUCAGAAAGAGCGCAAGCAUAAAGUCAAGCACGGGAAAGGUGGCAGCAGCGGAGGUGGCAGCAGCAGCAACAGCAGCAGCAAAUCAGGAGAGGGAAAGCCCUCUGUAUGGAUUUAAGCCCAGAGACGGGGACAUGUGUUGAAACUGUACGUAUAGAUCUUCAAGAUUAGAUGAUGAGCUGUUGCAAUCAAGGUUGGAUAUUUAAACACCACAAUGCCUUAAAGAAUCCUGCAAGCUGGAGAAGUUGUGUUUAGGUACAAAGGUGUGUAAAAAAAAAGUGAUGUUGCAGCUGACGAUUCAGUUUUGUCUGGGCUAUCACUUUUUAACUUGAAACCUCACACCAACACGUACUGUAUUAGGCCAGAGUCUGUCGUUUACAUGUCGCCUGAAGUCGUCGAGCAGAUUAUUGACCUCUGUUGUCAUCCCGUCCAUCUUUUUAUUGGGAGACUGACUUCUCUUGCAAAUCAGAUUCGUCCUUGAUUUGGCGUAGCUAAUUUUAUUUCCACUCCUCUGCAAAGAAAUGGAAUCAAUGAAUGACUGCGUUGCAUCACGAGUUACGUAUAGGACAUGAAAAUAUAGUGGCAUCAAAAAAAAGGAGGCAGUACUGCAAAAAGAAAUGACUUCUUAUGACAUAAAAGAACAUUACAACAUAAAAAUGCAAUGCUUGAAGCAUUAUUCAGUGGCAGCACCUAAAGCAAGGACUUUAAAUGCAGCAAGAACAUCACCUUCCUGAGGGCUAAGUCCUGUCAGUUGCGUUCUGUGUCAGAAUUUUCCUCCAGUGUUGAUCGCGGUGUCGUAUUACUGAGACUCUGCAUUUGAAAGUGUUUCUUUAUGUUUUCUGAAUGUUUUGAAAACUGUGCAACGCCAGCUGCUACUCAGGAACCUCUGGGAAGAGCGGGUGGAUUCUUUUUUUU